UAUCGAUUGUUUGUUUACAAGUUUCUAGGUUUCAAAUAUGACGUCCAAUUUGUUGGAUCGAUUAAAGUAUAGUUGGGUUUCGUAUAUGUAAUAAAAUUGCACUUAUCAGAAAUUGCUACACUUUUAAUUAUUAAUUUUAUUCUUACAUUUAACUGACAAUGAGUGCGCCUGAGAAGGUACCUGGUUAUAUGGCACAAUUACUUGAGGAACUGGGAUGGAAUCAAGGAACAAGAAUUCCAUUAGCUGACCCUAAUAACAGCAAUUUAGAAACAAUAUUAAUUGCGAGGCAAAAUGAAAUCCAGACCUUGAAAGAAGCCCUUACGUUGCAACUACAAAAACGUAGUGAUCUUAAUAAAUACAAGGACUUUGUACAUACUGAAUAUCAAGAAAAUACUCGUCUACUAUUUGCUCAGAAACAACAAUUGGAGCAGGAAAUCAAGGUACAUCAGUUGUCAAAGAAUGAAGCGGACAGACUUGACAAGGAUGUGGUUGAGUCUAACAAAGAAAGUAGUGCUGCUGCAACUAGGAUUGAUAGGCUACAAUGCAGUAUUGCGCGUCUUUUGAAAAAGGCGGAUACACUGAAGAGUGAAGUAUGCGGGGAGAGAGGCGCUCUGCAGGAGUGGCGCGCAGCACUGGAGAGGAAUGCCAGCGACAUUACAGCCAUAGAACAGUUCACUAAACAGGAUCUGUCUAAAGCUAAGGCUUUGGAGACCAAGAGGCUGCAGCUAAAGCAGGAACAUGACCGACUGCGUGACCGUCUUAACCAGCUCGUGGGCAACUUGAGUGCGGAGGAGCGCGCCUGUGAGAGGAUAUCUGUACAAGUGAUGGAAGGUAUGGAGCAGAGGAAACAAAUGAUGGCAAUGUGGACAGGCGCUGUGGAGAAUCUGCGUCAACGCGACAUCGACAUCAGGCAUAUAAAAGAGGAUUAUGCAGUGCUAGAAGAUGCGGCGAACAAAGUGACGGAGCAGUGCCGCGAGCAGCAGGCGUUCUGCGACCAUCAGCGCGCAGACAAUGCGGAGGCCACCAGAGAGAACAUCACCCUGGCGCAGCAGCUUAGCCUCACACGCUUCCAGCAUGAGCAGACUUUGGAAGAGAACCUCACACUGGACAGCGAGUUAAAAGCCAUGCAACGAGAGUUGAGCAACAUGCGUAACUUCCUUGAAAAACUCCGUUUAGAGAACAAAAGCAUUUUCGAGGAACAGCACCAGAAAGAUGUCGCACUCAAAAAUAUUAUAGAAAAGAUCAAGGAACUUAAAGAAAAAUUACUGGAAUCUACAGACAAAUCGAAAAGUUCCGAGAAAAGAGCAAAACAGCUGGAAGAAAUGUUAAAUGAGGAGGAGCGUUACGCGAGCCAAAUGAACUUAAACCAGCAGCGCGCUAUGCAUUGCUCCUUUAUGGAGAAUCAGAAACUUCUAGAACUUAAGAACGAAGAGAAACUGUUUAGUAUGCAGUUAAAAGCUUCGAAAGCUGUGAUGAGCAAGUUGGACACCAAGCAACGCAAUAUUGAACGUACUCUGCAAGGACUGAAGGAAUCUCUCUACGCUAUUUGCUACCAGCUGGAAACUACAGGAGCUCGGGUGGCGCACAUGGAGGGAGCCCAAGCUGAGAGGGAAUGCUCCGCGGAGCUCGCAGAACAGGAAAAUAGGUUGAAAGAGGUGUGUGGUCGUCACGCGGCGCGCGUGGCGCUGCUGGAGCGGCACGGCGCGCGACUCCACGAUGACAUGCGUCGCCUCGCCCGCGAUCUCGAGACUAAAAACGCGGAAUUUGUUAACCUGCAAAGUCGUCUAAAAACGUCGAUGUUGAACGUGUCCGGGGGCGAGAAGGAGGUGUGUGCAUCUCGCGAGGAGUGGCGGCGGCUGCGCGUGGAGGAGGCGCUGACGCGGCUGCGUGUGGCGCAUGCGACGCGCGCGCUCGCUGGACUCGACCGCACGCACUACACGCUUGACGAGCGUCGGCUGCAGCUUGACGCUGCAAUGAAAGAGCGUCUGGUGGAGAUAGGAGCACGUCGCGACAUGUUCGGAGUGCAGAAGCGCGCGCUGAUGGAGGAGUGCGGCAAGCUGCGCGGAGAGAUACGCGAGCGAGAGCAGCGCGUGCAUCAGCUCAUUAAGAGACACGACAUAUUCAUUGCGUCACUGGGCAAGGACGAGUCCGGUCAGCAGCUGAGCGUCACGUUCUUCAAGAUAAAGUUUGCGGCGGAGCGCGCGGAGUUGCGGGAGCGCGGCGCGCAGCUGGACGCGGAGAUAGUGAAGCGCGAGCGCGACGUGUCCGCGCUGGAGGCCACCAUGCGCGUCGUGCACGCUGCGCACGCGCACUUCAUGGCACACAGCGCGCCGCUAGACCAGGACGGUCCAGAAAUAACAGAACUGAACGACCUGACGAAGCAGUACUACGAGAGACGGGACACGCUGAAGCAGGUGCAGACGCAGGUGGCGCGCCUGGAGGAGCAGGUAGCCGACGCCGGUGCACAUCUCACCACGCUCGCCGACAAGUACAAGCAGCUCACAGCUAGGCAAUCUGAGGCGGAGAAUCAAUUGGAGAGUUUAAAAGAGCACGCACAGCGGCAGGAGAACCGUUUGCAGAACGCGCAUGACGUCAUCACGCUUAACUUGAAACGUGCGAAGAAAUUAUUUGACGAUGUCGACGAGUGGCGCAUAUUUAAGUUGUCUAUGUACAACCGUAACUACUCGGUGGCCGCGCACACAGCGCUGCAGGGCGUGCAGGAGACGUGCGCGGGGGUGCGGGAGGCGCGCGCACACCUCGCCGUGCUGCUGUGCGGGGAGGAGGUGCGCCGCAACCUGCCCCCGCACAACACGCGGCUGCACUCCUAUCUAGACAGGAUCAUCGCGAGCGAGUCCGCAGCCACACUGGGAACUCCACCAGCGGUUGAAGAAUCAGUAUUCUCUGAGUCUAUGACAUCGUCCCGCAGCGGCGUGAGCAUGGCCAGCGGAUAUACCAAGCGCCUCUCCGUCUUCCGCAGGACUCUCGCGCCAAAAGUCGGCGAGCAGAGCAUAGCUGACGAUAUUCCCGAUCAAGCUCGAAGGUCGACAGUGUCGCUACGCGUCAUAAACCUGGGCAUCAGGGAGCCCCAGCUGACGGAGUCUGCUGACAUCUGUACCAGGUCCAGAGCAUUCCAUUGACUAUCGAAACAACGACUUAUUUUAAUAAACUAUAUUUGUGUGCGUUUUAUGUUUUGUGUCAUUUUG